AUGAAUGGAAUUAUAACAAACGCGGAGACGACGACGAUGCAGUUCCACGUGUUAGCUGUCGACGACAGUGUAAUCGAUAGAAAGUUGAUCGAGAGGCUUCUCAAAACUUCUUCUUAUCAAGUUACUGUUGUGGAUUCUGGUGUGAAGGCUCUAGAGUAUUUAGGGUUAGUGGAUGAUGAAAUUGCAAAUACAAACACAGAUUCAAACCCUAUUUCUACCAUCAAGAAUCAUCAUGAAGUGGAAGUGAACUUGAUUAUCACCGAUUACUGCAUGCCGGGAAUAAACGGUUACGAUCUUCUCCGAAAAAUUAAGGAAUCGACAACAUUAAAGAAUAUUCCGGUAGUAAUAAUGUCGUCGGAGAAUAUUCCGUCGAGGAUAAACAAUUGUUUGGAGCAAGGAGCAGAAGAAUUCUUCCUAAAACCAGUUAAACAAUCUGAUGUGAAUAAACUUAAGCCACAUUUAAUGAGAGGAAAGGGGAAAGAAAAUCAGCCUAAUUUUGUUGUUAACAAGAGAAAACCAAUGGCAGAAUGCCUCUCACCUGAUAGAAUAAGAACAAAAUACAAUUAUAUAUAG